CUUCCGGUAAACACGUUUUUGUGAUGAAAUCAUAUGUCAUAAUUUAGUUCCGAAAUCUAUGUUCCUGGGCUACAUUUUUCACACUUCCAUAAAACACUAUAUCUUGUAUCACGAAUAUUUUUACUUAUCAGUUUGAUAUAACUAGAUACUUGUGCUUUGUUGAGACAUAAGUAAUAUUUAAACAAAAUGGCUGAAAAUGGAACUGCUUCCAGUCCUGAAGAGAAACUUGAACUGAUCAAAAGAAAUUUACAGGAAGUUCUGGGUGAGGACAGGAUCAAUCCAAUUUUAAAGGAAAGAGACUUGAAAAUCUAUUGGGGAACAGCUACAACAGGCAGACCACAUGUUGCCUAUUUUGUUGCUAUGUCAAAAGUAGCUGAUUUCUUACAUGCAGGGUGUGAGGUAACCAUUUUGUUUGCUGAUCUCCAUGCCUACUUAGAUAACAUGAAAGCACCCUGGUCAUUGCUGCAGUUGAGAGAAAAAUAUUAUGAAGCCAUUAUCAAGGCAAUGUUAAAAUCUAUAAAUGUGCCACUAGAAAAGCUAAAGUUUGUCAAGGGAACAGAUUUUCAGCUGAGCAAGGAAUAUACAUUAGAUGUAUACAGACUGUCGUCAUUGGUUACAGAACAUGAUGCAAGGAAGGCUGGAGCUGAAGUUGUCAAACAGGUCCAACAUCCUUUGUUAAGUGGUUUGCUAUAUCCAGGACUACAGGCUUUAGAUGAAGAAUAUUUGAAAGUGGAUGCACAGUUUGGUGGUGUGGAUCAGAGAAAGAUAUUCACCUAUGCUGAAAAGUACCUGCCACAUUUAGGAUAUACCAAAAGAAUACAUUUAAUGAACCCUAUGGUUCCUGGUUUGACUGGUAGUAAAAUGAGUUCAUCAGAAGAAGAUUCUAAAAUAGAUUUACUUGACACUGCAGCCCAGGUGAAAAAGAAAUUAAAGAUGGCCUUCUGUGAACCUGGAAAUAUAACAGAUAAUGGCCUGUUGUCCUUCUGUAAACAUGUCCUCUAUCCAAUCACAUGUAAAGAAGGAUUCACAGUGGUUAGGAAGGAAGAAUUUGGUGGAAACGUAACUUACAAAAAAUAUCAAGAACUGGAAGAUGCUUUUGCUAAAGAGGAGGUGCAUCCUGGUGAUUUAAAGGUAGCUGUAGAGAAUUACCUGAAUCAGCUGUUAGAUCCAAUCAGGAAGGAAUUUGAUACACCUGAACUGAAGAAACUGACUAGCCAAGCUUAUCCUGUAGAGAAAAAAAAGAAGUCUGGUCAGGCAGGUGGACAGACGGAGGAAGCAAUCGUACCAUCUAGGUUAGAUCUGAGAGUCGGUAAAAUCACUAAAGUGGAAAAGCAUCCAGAUGCAGAUUCACUAUAUGUAGAAACAGUAGAUUUAGGCAAUGGUGAGGAGAGAACUGUAGUCAGUGGGCUAGCUGGACUGGUACCCAUGGAAGAUUUACAAGACAGGCUAGGAGUGUUUUUAUGUAACCUGAAACCCCAAAAAAUGAGAGGAAUUGAAUCUAAGGCCAUGCUUAUGUGUGCUUCUGUUGCUGAGCCAAGGGCAGUAGAACCUUUAAACCCACCAGAGGGCAGUGCACCAGGGGAGAGAGUAUUUUUCGAAGAACAUGAGUCUGGCAAACCUGAUGAAGAAUUGAAGCCAAAGAAAAAAGUGUGGGAACAAUUACAGCCUGAUUUACGAACAAAUAGUGACUGUGUAGCAGAAUGGCAAGGAAACAUAAUGAAGACAAAGUUAGGGAAUGUUACGUGUAAAUCACUGAAAUCAUCGCCGAUUAAAUGAUACAGAUCAGAUGUAGGAUGUAUUUAUUUAUUUUGAACACCAUCGUCGAGGAACUCAGUUGUGAUACAAACUAUUCAGUCAUUGUAUUUUAAUGUUCCAUAUAAUUUUAAUUUAUUGGUUGACUGCCAUAUUUUUUUUGGUUGAGAGUAUUUAAGCAAUUGUAUGUAACAUAAAUGACUCUUCACUGAAAGCAUUGUCAACAUAUCUUUUGUGGAGAUUAUUUUAGCAAUUGUAUGCAAUACAUAUUAAAACUACUAUUCACUGUUAGUGUUGUCAACAUAUUUUUUGUGGAGAAUAUUUAAUAUAAUUUUAAGUUACAUAAAUUUCUAUGCACUGAUAGUGUUAUCGACAUUUUUUUUUUUUAAAGAAUCAAAUUAUUUAAAAUGAAUGCAUCAAAGUGAUUCCCACCUAAAAUGAAUUUUAUAUUAUAAUACAAAAUUAUAGUAUUUGAAGAGUUGCUGAUUUUCCGGCUGCAAAUAAUGUUCAAGUGAUGAGUGUUCCAAUUCUAAUGUUACAUUUGAAAUAUUAUGGUAUAUGUCAACUAGGAUUAUCUAUUGUUAAUAUCCAAUAUCAUCCAUUCAAAUAAGGAACAGGGUGCUAAAUAUAGAAUUACAGUAGAAUUUUGUUUCUCUAACUUUUGCACUAUUUUUCACAUUUCCCAACCGAUUGUGAAAAAAAAUGUUCUCCUCACUAGUGAAAUAACUGUUCUCAGCAAAUGAUUGGUCGAAAUUUUAAUUAUGACGUCCAAUUUUCUUGGUUUCUUCUGAAUUUCCUAUUGUGACGUCAUAAAAAAAGGCGACCAUGUCUGAUGACGUCACAUAUAAAGAACACAACUGUCUGCAAAUCUUUAAAAAGGAAGGAUAAAAAUCAUUAGAGAAACAGAUUCCACCACUUUAACUCGUGUAUUACGAAAUCUCUCCACUCUCAACAGUUAAAUUUCAAUUAUUUAAAAGGCUCGGCAAGCCUCGCGCUUUAAAUAAAUAAAUUUAACUGUCUCGAGUGGAGAAAUAUCGUAAUACACUUGAUGCAGUUGUGGAAUCUAUAUAUAUCCAGUGUUCUGUUAAGUUUGGCAUGAAGGAGAAACAUUCCUACAUUUAUUACCAUGCAUACACAUAUUGCCUGCAGUUUUAUUCUUUUUUUCAUAUCUGUAAAUGCUAAUGAAUUUUUUUACAGAAAUGUCCAUAAGAUAGGUGGGGAGACAUUUUGAAAAUAUUAUAAAAUAGAAGAUUGAUGGUAAAAGUGUCAUGAUCUGCUAUAAACUUUUUUGUUAGCUUAUCCACUUUAUAAUGUUAAAAUAUUUUUAUAAUCAAAUAAGAUUUUGCUCGUCUCAUUAGAUUUAAAUGUUUUGUUUUGUGAACAUGUUACUUGUGUCACAUUUCUAAAGGUUAUGGUAUCCAUUUGUUUCAACUUUAUUCAUCUAGGUCACAAAAUAAAAAUUUAUUGUUUAUUAUUUUCAUUUUUUUCUUAAAUAUUCAAAUUUGAUUUAUAUAUGUUCUAUGUUGAUAUUUUCACAAUAUCCCAUCUUGACAGCUCAAUUUAAGCAUGUUUAAACAGAAACCAUAUAAAGAUUAUAAAUCAACGUCGGUAUCAAACUAGAAAAUCGUUUCAUUGUACCCAGAGAACAACUGGCCUUGAAGAUAAUGUUUUUUCAUUCAUUUCAGGUGCGAUCUUUGGUCAUAAAACUUAACUUAGUACUCAGAGACCAAAUUUGUGCUCGAAACACUGAAUCCAGUAUUUUGAUUGGUCGAUUUCUGUGUCUGAGUCCAGGGUAUGAUAAUCCUGGUUGAAAUUUUUAUGUCUGCAAGGCCAGGUAUAAUUAGACAUUUCCACUCAAAGUUUAUUUUAGAUUUUGUAAAAAUAUUAACCACAAAAGUCGAACUUAUUUAUCUAAAGUACUGUGGAUUCCCAAUUUUCAGGGACUUUGUGUGUACAGUUUUACCACAAUUUUCAGGGACUUUGUGUGUACAGUUUUACCACAAUUUUCAGGGACUUUGUGUGUACAGUUUAUCCACAAAUUUAAGUGUCCAACAAAAUGCAAAUUUCCUGGACAAUUUUAUGCCUAGUUAGUCAAAACCCUCAAAUUAUGUACAAAUACAUUUUUUCUACAAUCCAUAGAAAUUGGUACUCAUGAAAAAAAAUAAACUCACAGUACUUUAAUUAGUGUAUUCUGAUAUCAAACGUUAGAAAUUACCAAACUAAUGGAAAGUGUUUGUAUUUUGUUUGGUACUAUUAUUCUUAUUUUGAUUUGAUGAAAUCUGUGUCAUUGUAUUAAUGACAAUAUGUUUAACAGGUUUAAAAUUAAUAGUUUUAUUAAAUUAUUAAAUGUAUGCAAUAAAUGUUCAGAUCUAUAACAGAUGUGGCAUUGGUGCUUUCUGUAUAGGAUCUUUUAUGCAGACAUCAUACAAGUUGUAAUUGCUAUUUUUAUAAGCAAUGACAGAAUCAAUACUUCAAAUCUUUAUCACAUGUUCAUUUAAGCAAUAUUUUAAUACUGUUAUUUAAAGAAGCUGCAAAGAAAUGAGAAUAAAUAUGUGACCCAU